CUUAAAAAAAGAGCAGAUGCAGCCCGCAGCAAUGACACAUCUACUCUCAAGGACCUCAUUGCUACCUGGGUCAAUCAAGACUUCUGUCCGUCCUCUCUACUUAGACCCGACAACAAACAGUCACGUGGAUUUGCACAUGAUGUUUGUGGGAAGUUGCUCUGCCCUGCCAAGUGGGACUGGAAUGACAACCUUGUGAAGGCUGGGAUUCGUGACCAAACAUCAGAAUAUAUCAUGUCGGAAAACUCUUGGCCACUCUUCAUGUAUGAAAACUAUGCAGUCAAUGGUGGCAAUCUCGAGCAAGGCCUCUUCAAGUCAAAGAUUCUGGUUCAGGCUUUCAAAGCUGUAUUUACUUCUCCAUCUUCCGCAAAAGAAGCUGAUUGUGAUGGCAACGGAGCUGAUAUUCUUGAGAAAAAUCAGCACGCCUGCCAGCAGUUGAACAACGUCAAGGUCAAAACCUGUGUGGCCUCCAUUAUCAACAUGAAGAAAGUCACUCCCUGCUCUCUCGCUUACAUCAUGUGUCAGGUUCGUUUCACCCUAUCGGGCAUCUUGUCUUGGUGCACUGUGAAUGGUGACUUUGACUAUGUGUUACAGCAAACUAGGAUAGGUGCAAUGACAGAUACUCGAUAAGAGUAAUGUCUGAAGUUGGAUCAAGACCUCACAAAUGUAAGGUUUCUUAAGACAAGUCAAAGAGAGUGUCUCUGGCUUGAAUAUCGGUAUCAGACAACUUAGGAUUGGAGGUCCUAAGCGAAGGAUGUUUCAG